AUGAAAAUAAUACAUUUUUUAAGUCAAGCAAAAAAACUUGCCACUGGAUUGACAGGUAUUGAUGGACAUCUAAAUCCAAGACCAGUUUUGCUGGAGAUUUAUCAAGAAACACUUAAAGUAUUAUCGUCUAUUCCAGAUCAUUCAGUAUAUCGUCAAGCUACAGAAACAUUAACAAAACAACGUCAAAUGAUUGUCAAGGAAAAUGAAAUUACAGAAGAUAUUGAAAAUAAAAUUGGGUGUGGAUUGAUUGAAGAAGUGAUUUUUCAGGCAAAAGAUGAAUUAAGUCUUGCUAAGAAAAUGUUAGAAUGGAAAUCUUGGGAAGAUUUAGAAGUUCAUCCUCCAGCUGGACAAUGGGAAUAUUUUCGAAAAAAGUAA